AUGGAACCACUCUGCCCCAAUCUUGGACCAAAUUUCCAUAGCCCUGAAGCAUUGCUUGACGCUGUUGACCACUUCAGUGCAUAUAAUUCAGCUACCAGUUCAGGCUCGCGUCCACUCACUUCAUAUGAAACCCAUCACCUCCCACCUGACCCAGAACAGCAUGCAUUAAAUCAGCAAAUUGAAGAUGCUUUCGAGGCAGUCCAGAAUGAGGGUGGUCAUGAGCAUGGUUUUGAUGAUUUAGACAUCGACAUUGAUGAAACAUUCGAUGAUCAAAAUGAGGACGACGACAAUCUCAUAAUAACACCCACAAAUCCAGAUGAGGAUGACCCCAAUCCAUUUAUGCCAGAGGACGGCUUCCACUCGACACAUGACAGGGACCUCACAGAUGUUGCCCCUCAUCUGAUCACAAUAUACGCACUGGUCUCAUGGUUACACCUCCAGUUUCACCUUCCACAAGUGGUGUGCAAUGCUUUACUGGCUAUUUUGGGAUGUAUCCUCAUGGCCCUAUCUCCAGCAAUCAACACUCCUUUCAUUACACUGCAAUCAAGCCAUUGUGUCCUUGGCAUCGAUAAGAACAUUUUUGUCCUUCCAGUGUGCCCUACCUGUCAUGAUGUUUUCCCCCCUGCUGGUUCCACGAAAUCACAUGACACUUGUACGCUUUGCGGAGUAGAUCUGUUCCUUCUGGAUAUGACAAAGCGGGGAAAUCAGCAUGCUACAGAAACACCUGUUGUAAAGUACCCAUAUCUUCCCAUUUCUGAACAGAUCAAGUCACUACUAAGGAUCCCAGGCCUUGAAGUACUGCUGGAUAGGUGGCGCUUGAAAUCUCACACACCAGGCGAGUAUAUAGACAUCUUCGAUGGUGAUGUAUGUUGGACCCAGCUCAAAGACCCCAAUGGGACACCCUUCUUUUUGAACCUUCCGCACGAGAAGCAUGGGCCACAUGGUGAACUUCAUAUAGGCAUCAACCUAGGUGUUGACUGGUUUUCAUACAUCCAGAGCAAUAUCACACCAUCACACUCAUCAUGCCCUACCUCGUUUUCUAUAUGCAACCUCCGCCAGAAUAUUGGUUGCAUUGUUCAUGUUAUUCUGGUGGCGGUCAUUUGUGAUAAGCCUGCGGCACACAAGAUUGGUGGUUUUGCAUCCCAUUCACAUACAUGUUGUUGCACGACUUGCUGGAUAACAUCCCCUCACAAAGCUAAACCUCAGGCAUUUGAGCAGGAUGUAUCGGCAUUUCGACCAUGGACUCAUCAAGAACAGCGUGAACUAGGCGACCGCUAUCAAAAGCUUGAUAAUCCAACUGCAUGCAAGAAUUUUGUGAAGGAAUAUGCUACACAAUACACACAACUUGCUCGACUUCCUUAUUUUGACCUCGUCAAGCAGAUCAUGAUAGAUCCUAUGCACAACCUCUUUCUUGGGCUCGUCAAAACACAUUUUUAUAAUAUUUGGGUGCAAAACAAGAUACUACAUGCUAAUCAUGAGCUACAGAUGUUCCAUGAAAUGCUUGCUGAUUUCAUCGUUCCUGGGUCAUGUGGCAAGCUUCCAACCAACAUAGGGAUGCUGUCUGGUGGUUCUCUCACUGCAGACCAAUGGCUGCUUUUGGCUACCAUCUAUAGACCAAUAGUUAUUCCCCAGCUCUGGAGUACAUGUCUUCCCUCAGAUGCCAACAAUGAAACCCUUCAACAACGUGUUGCGCUAAUCAAAAGAAUUGAAGCUGAUAAAGAUGUACAGGCAAACCAUAAGGCUGAUGAUAGGAAAGCUUUGGCUGAGGCCAAGAAGCAAGGCAAGGACGCAUUAGAGGCCACCAAAUCAAAGAUAGCACAAGAAAAACUAGCUGCUGCCGAAGCAAAGAAACAAGCCAAGUUACAAGCGGCACUUGCCAAACAGGUGGAAAAAAAAAGGCUGGCCAAGGAAAAGAGUGCCAGAAAGGGAUCUAAAAAAUGCAAGGCUACAUCACAGAUUGUCGAAGACCUGCCUGAAGGCAGUGUACGACCUCCACCACCACCACCACCUCCUCCUCCUCCUCCUCCUCCUCCUCCUCCUCCUCUUCAAUCAGACGAAGCUGAAAAUCUAGAAGACACAAAAAUUUUGCUUCAUCCUGAUGACCCCACUAAUUUUCUCAAGCUGUCUACUGCACUUCAGUAUAACAUGGAGCUGAUACAUCUUUAUGGCUCUGGUGUCAUCAAACCUAACCAUCAUUUUGCCACCUACAUUGGUGCUUGUUGUCACAAUUUUGGCCCCCUACAUGACUUUUGGACAUUCUUAUUUGAACGUCUCAAUAAGGUGUUGAAAUCAUUCAAGACAAACAAUCACACAAAUGGUGACCUCAAAACAACCUUUUUCCGCAAAUUCCAAAGGACAUGCGAGAUCAGAAGACUGAUGUACAGUUUGCAAAGCUAUCCUGAAGAUUCACUUCCUCGUCAAGCAGCCAUGCACAUGCUCAAGGCCACUAAUGAAGAACGAGGUACUGUCGCAGGGCUCACAGCCUUAACUCAGGAUCUUGACAACACGAGCGCUGAUGAUGUAUACUUUAAGCCCUUGUCACCAGACAAAGCAAAUGUCAUCAGACACAUAUCAAUUACUGGCACGCACUAUUUGCAUCCGGUGUAG